GAAUUGGUUCCAUAUGGUUUACAAAUUCAAGAAGAACUUACCAAUAAUAAAUUUGAGCCAUCCUUUGCUUCAUUAAUAACUGCAUUCAAGUUAUCAUCUCUCAAAUGUGUGGCUUGUCAAUCAUUUCAAAAAAAUAUGAUAGAUAAUAUAGUCACUGAAUUUUUUGGAUUUGAAGGAUAUCGCGAAAAGCAACGAGAAAGUAUAUUAUCUUUUUUAUUGGGUCAAGAUACACUAACUAUAUUGAAAACUGGUGAAGAAAAGAGUUUAAUAUAUGCAGUUGCAAGUAUAUUAACAAGAGGAUUAACAGUAGUAUUUACUUCUCAAAAGGCAUUGAUGGAUGAUCAAAUG